AUGAAGGUCGCAGAGCCCAAAGGUCUUGUGUCUCAGCUCCUAGGGAGCUGGUUACGAGCCAUCCGAGAGACCAUUGCAAUCCUGUUGCAGUUUGCAGAACAUCAGACUCAAUGGUUACUUCAAACGGCUGCCAGUUAUCAUGUCCUGAAGUCCCUGUUCCCAUGUCUGGAAUCCUUUGCAAGAAGCCAACACGCAAGUUCUGCUGAGCUCACGGCAAGCCCCAGCAAGAACCAAGAAGAGAUAGCAGGCAAUAGCCAGAAAGAUCCCACUAAGAACCACCGGGACGAAGAUGGCACAGCAUUUCCUUCCCGCUCCGCAAGAGAGAACACAUCGCUGCCCUCUCAGUCAAUCUACACCUUAUUUGACAAAGAUGGGCGGCUGGAUGUCUUCCGCAUGCGCAAGCUGGUCUACGAGAGAGGCACACAUCCCAGCGAGAGAAAGAUCACCUGGAAGUUUCUCUUUGGGGUGUACCCGGAGAAAUCCACAACUGAAGAGAGGAAGGAGUUGGACCAGCAAAUGUCCUCUCAGUAUCGGUGGAUGAAGCGCUCGUGGAAACAGCGCUUCCCCUGGGCUGCCGUAAUGAGGGUUCAUUCCGACUUGGAGCUUUCUUUGGCGAUCCUGAGACAUGACGAACAAUGGAGGGAAGCUGAAACAGCCAGUCCUCCUACAGAUAUCUUUGAUGAGCAUAGCCUGCCCUCCCCGCACAUUAACGAGCAACAGUUCCAAAAGGCGGUGCAAGAGAUUGAUGCCGACGUGCCCCAGACGGACAGACACCGGACAUUCUUCCAACGUGAAGGACUAGUGAAUCUGCUUUACCUCCGGGAAAUUCUCGUCACGUACGUGGCCUUCCACCAAGACAUCGGAUAUUGCCAGGGCAUGAAUGACUUUGCCAGCCGCUUUCUGGAGACCCUGGAAAAUGAAACUGAAGCCUUCUGGUGCUUUGUGGGCUACAUGAGACGUUCAGCGUGGAGUUUCACCACCAUGGGUGUUCGCCGCAAGACACAAAUCUGCGAGGAGCUUCUGAAACACGUGGACCCAGAACUGUAUGACCACAUCGAGAGCGUGUCCAGUGACAAGCUGCUCUUUUGCCUCAGGUGGCUGCUGCUACUUUUCCAGAAGGACUUGGACCACUCUGAUGCUGUGAGGGUCCUAGAGAUCAGCGCCUUGGAAUCGGAGAGGAUGAAUUUUGGAGCCUGGAUCUGGCUGACUCGUAGGGGAGGUGAGGAGCCCCUGCCAGGCCCUUUCACAUCUGUAGAUCGGCAGGAAAUCACGUUUGAAGUGCUGCUUUGCAUUGCUGUCCUGAUCAAGAACAGGAGGAAGCUGCUACAGUACCAGGACAUCAGUGACUUUUACCUGUUUGCACAGAGGUUGCAGGGGAGACUUCAGCUGAACACACUGCAUGGGGAAGAGCGGCGAUAA